UUGUUUUUGUGAUUCGUCUGGUGGUUCUUUGUAAUUGCCUUUUGGAGCGAAGGAUCCAUCUCUCUCUCUCUCUCUCUCUCUCUCGUUCUUUCCCUUCCUUCCUUGUACCCCGAACGCAAGAGUAAAAGCACAAGGCUUGCGUCAAAGCUCAGUCCGUUUGGAGGAAAGAGUUCCCAACCGCAAACUGGAGCAUGGCCUCCGGUCAGGAUUCCGCCGGGACGACGCUGAUGGAUCUGAUCACAUCGGAUCCGUCUGCCGUCUCCGCCGGCAAUUCGUCAACCGCACCACCGGCUCCUUCAUCCACCCUUGGCAAGCCGACAACCACAGAGCGGAAGUUUAAGAUGGCUUCCCUGAUGCAGAUCCAGAAUGACACGAUCGCCGCAGCCAAAGCCCUCAACCCCGUCAAAGCCAUUCCUCAACGACAACAUAGGAAGCCUGUUUCAUAUGCUCAGCUGGCACGUAGCAUCCAUGAGCUUGCCGCCACAUCCGAUCAGAAAGUCUCCCAGAAGCAGUUGUUGCAUCAUGUGUUUCCCAAACUUGCCGUGUACAACUCAGUGGACCCUUCUUUAGCUCCAUCUCUCCUCAUGCUCCAUCAACAAUGUGAGGACAGGAACAUUUUACGCUAUGUUUACUACUAUUUGGCUAGAAUUUUGUCUGAUAAUGAUGCACAUGGAUUGAGUCCUGGUGGUGGAAUACCCACACCGAAUUGGGAUGCACUUGCUGACAUUGAUGCUGUUGGAGGGGUCACCAGGGCAGAUGUUGUACCAAGAAUUGUAGGCCAACUUACCUCAGAGGCCUCAAACACCGAUGUUGAAUUUCAUGCACGCAGGCUUGCAGCUUUGAAGGCCCUCACUUCAGCAUCUACUAGCAAUUCGGAGGUUGUGACCAAGUUAUAUGAAAUUGUGUUUGACAUUCUAGAGAAGGUUGGAGAGACAAAGCAAAAACGUAAAAAGGGCAUUUUUGGCAAGCAAGGUGGUGACAAGGAGUCUAUCGUCCGUAGUAAUUUGCAGUAUGCAGCUAUUAGUGCCUUAAGAAGACUUCCUCUAGAUCCCGGUAACCCAGCAUUCCUCCAUCGGGCUAUACAAGGGAUUUCAUUUGCGGAUCCUAUUGGUGUAAGACAUGGACUAGCAAUCAUCUCAGACAUAGCCACAAGAGAUCCAUAUUCUGUUGCCAUGGCCUUGGGAAAGCUUGCACAACCUGGAGGUGCAUUGCUGGAUGUUCUUCAUCUGCAUGAUGUACUUGCCAGGAUUUCCCUUGCUAGGUUAUGUCACACAUUAUCUAGAGCUCGUUCAUUGGACGAAAGGCCAGAUAUUAAAUCUCAGUUUGCUUCUAUACUGUACCAACUUCUUCUGGAUCCUAGUGAUAGAGUUUGUUUCGAGGCAAUACUAUGUAUACUGGGAAAAUUUGAUAAUUCAGAAAGGACUGAAGAGAGAGCUGCUGGAUGGAUUAGAUUGACGAGAGAAAUCCUCAAGUUACCUGAGGCACCUUCAGUGUCAUCAAAGGAUAACACUCAGUCCAGAGAUGCUCUUCCACCAAAACCGAAGAGCGACAAGCCUGGUUUGAAGUCAAAACGCCCUCAGCCUCUUUUCAAACUUGCAAUGAGAAGAUUGGAAAGCUCUUUCAGAAGUUUUUCUCGCCCUGUGCUGCAUGCAGCGGCUAGAGUUGUUCAGGAAAUGGGAAAGAGCAGGGCCGCAGCUUAUGCUUUAGGUGUUGCUGACAUAGAUGAAGGUUCUCAGCUCUACACAUAUUCUGACAAUGUUGAAUCAAUGGAUUCAGAUCUGAAUGAUGGCUCACAAACAGAAGCUUCCAGAAAGGCAUUAUCCUUAUCUAAUGGACCCAGUGGUAAGGAUACUAUUGCAGGUUUAUUAGCUUCGCUCAUGGAAGUAGUGCGCACAACUGUUGCAUGUGAAUGUGUUUAUGUUCGAGCCAUGGUAAUAAAGGCUCUAAUCUGGAUGCAAAAUCCGCAUGAAUCUUUUGAGGAAUUGAAGGACAUCAUUGCAUGUGAGCUCUCUGACCCAGCUUGGCCGUCAACAUUACUAAAUGAGAUUUUACUUACACUGCAUGCUCGUUUUAAGGCGACUCCAGACAUGGCUGUCACCUUGCUUGAGAUAGCCAGAAUAUUUGCCACAAAAGCCCCUGGAAAAAUUGAUGCUGAUGUGUUGCAGCUGCUAUGGAAGACAUGCCUUGUUGGAGCUGGACCAGAUGGAAAGCACACAGCAUUAGAAGCGGUUACUAUUGUGCUUGAUCUUCCACCUCCUCAGCCUGGGUCAAUGUCUGGACUUACAUCUGUAGAUAGGGUAUCAGCAUCUGAUCCAAAGGCAGCUCUGGCAUUGCAGAGACUAGUGCAGGCUGCAGUGUGGUUUCUUGGGGAAAAUGCAAAUUAUGCUGCAUCUGAAUAUGCUUGGGAAUCUGCAACACCUCCUGGUACUGCUUUAAUGAUGCUAGAUGCUGAUAAAAUGGUCGCUGCUGCUAGUUCUCGGAAUCCUACACUUGCUGGUGCACUUACACGACUUCAAAGGUGUGCAUUCAGUGGGAGUUGGGAGGUACGAAUUGUUGCUGCUCAAGCUCUCAUGACCAUAGCAAUUAGAUCAGGAGAACCUUACCGGUUGCAGAUAUAUGAAUUUUUACAUGCUUUAGCUCAAGGUGGGGUGCAAUCUCAAUUUUCAGAAUUGCAACUUAGUAAUGGGGAAGAUCAAGGUGCUAGUGGUACUGGUCUUGGAUCUUUAAUUAGUCCAAUGUUAAAGGUUCUUGAUGAAAUGUACAGGGCACAAGAUGAUUUGAUAAGGGAUAUGCGUAAUCAUGAUAACAACAAGCAAGAAUGGACGGAUGAAGAACUCAAGCAACUUUAUGAGACACACGAGAAACUUCUUGAUCUGGUGUCUUUGUUUUGUUUUGUUCCACGAGCAAAAUAUCUUCCUCUUGGGCCUACAAGUGCCAAGCUCAUUGACAUUUACCGGAACCGGCAUAAUAUUAGCGCAUCAGCGGGAUUAAACGACCCAGCUGUAGCUACAGGAAUAUCUGACCUUGUAUAUGAAUCAAAUGCAACGCGUAAAGAGCCUGAUUCAAUUGAUCCUGAAUUGGCUAUGGCGUGGGCUGCGGGACUUGAUGAUGGUCUUUUGGGAAGCAAUGCUCCAGCAAUGGAUCGGGUGAAUGAAUUUCUUGCUGGCGCUGGGACAGAUGCACCUGAUGUGGAUGACGAGAACAUUACCUCUCGGCCAUCAGUUACUUACAAUGACAUGUGGGCUAAGGAACUUUUGGAAAGUUAUGAAGUGGAGGAAGAUGAUGCAAGGUCAUCGGGGACAUCCUCUCCCGAGUCUACUGGCUCUGUUGAAACUUCUAUCUCAUCCCAUUUUAGUGGUGUGAAUUACCCAUCCUUGUUUAGCUCACGUCCAUCUGGCUAUGGGAUCUCACAACAACCGGAGAGCAAGUCCACGAGCAGGUUUGGUUCAGCAUCAGCUUUUGAGCGGCAGGGAUCUCCGGUCAGAGAAGAACCUCCAUCAUACUCAGCAUCUGUCAUGCAGAGAUUUGAAUCAUUUGAAAACCCAUUAGCUGGCUUUGGUGGUCAGAGUUUUAGUCAACGUGAUAGUGAGGAAAGCACCGGGAAUCCACAGUUUGGAAAAGCUUUAUAUGACUUCACUGCAGGUGGUGAUGAUGAGCUGAGCCUGGAUGCUGGAGAAGAGGUUGAGAUUGAUUAUGAGGUUGAUGGUUGGUACUAUGUAAAGAAGAAAAGACCGGGGAGAGAUGGGAAAAUGGCUGGAUUGGUUCCAGUUCUCUACGUGAGCUCUUGAUUGCAAUUUAUUUCAUGUCCCGAAAUCACUCUCUUAGUUCACCCCUGGAAUGCUGUACCUGCUUCAGCCUGCAAUUGCAUUACCUUUUCAUUAUCUAAUGAGUGAUCUCCAGGAGGGGGUAUGAAUUUCAUGCAAAGACCAAAUGGUUCCAUCUCCAGACUGGUCUGUAUGCUAUUGCUUUCCAUUACUUAAAGUAUCACUGUGUGCUGUAGCUGAUUUUUCUGGUUCGUGGUACAUGCCGUCAUUUUGUUUUCAGACUAUCAUUCCUUGUGAAAAUUUGUUUGUCACUGUUUUGAUUUGAUUAACAUCUUUGUGACUACUGUGAUUUUGAAAGGAAAAUCUAUGCUGGUAAAAGUUUAUUCAAGAUAAGUUUGAUAUUCUA